CGCGAUAUCUCGUUUUACCACCGUACAGUAUUUCCAUCAUGGCAGGCAGUAAGUUGGUAUUAGAGGCUAGAGUAAGUAUAAAUGGCUUUAUUUUAGGGCUUAGCGUGGUUGUAAUCCCUCUGAUCAGAACCUGGUUUGGACGUCACGACUGGGUCUUUGAUUAUCUGACCGAGACUCCCGGGAAAAUUGCGAUUUCUUCUCAUAUUGCCCUUAUUAACGGCCUCUUACUUCUGAUAUACAAGGGACCUCUGUACAAGGUUGCUGUGAGAGCCUGCUUUUUGGGAGUGACCUUUGGCUGUGGUUUAAUUAUAAGCUUCUCUGAAACCACUUGGACACAUUUUGGCUGGUACAUGUGUUCCCUGUCGUUCUUCCAUUACUCCGAGUAUCUGGUAACAGCCAUCAUCAACCCUCGCAGCCUGUCGUUGGACUCAUUCCUGCUCAACCACAGUGUGGAGUACACGCUGGCUGCUGUCUCAUCAUGGGUGGAGUUCAUUGUGGAGAAGCUGACCGUUCCAGAACUGAAGCAGCUCAGUUGGUUGAGCUUCUUGGGUCUCUUCAUGGUUCUGUGUGGUGAAGGAUUACGGAAGGCGGCCAUGUUGACCGCUGGUUCCAACUUCAAUCACAUUGUCCAGAAUGAGAAGGCCCAAAGCCAUGUGUUGGUCACCAGUGGGGUCUAUGCCUAUUUCAGACACCCCUCCUAUGUGGGCUGGUUCUACUGGAGCAUAGGAACACAGGUGAUGCUGUGUAACCCACUGUGUAUCCUGGCUUACACAAUAGCCAGCUGGCGGUUCUUCCGGGAGCGGAUAGAGGAGGAGGAGCUCUCCCUUAUCCAUUUUUUUGCCGAGGACUAUGUUGAAUACAAGAAAAGGGUUCCCACCGGGCUGCCCUUCAUCUCAGGCAUCCGUGUCAACUAGACCAAGGAGGUGGACGCUGGACGCAAUAGACUUAAAGCUCUAAAGCAAGUCAGACCUGAUGGGUGUGUGUGUGUCGUGUCUCGGCACGGCCCUCCCGAGGUAAAACCCUGCAACUGACUGAGAGUCCGUAGCUCACAGGCAGAAACCAUGAUAGCUGCGACAGUGUCAGGCUGCUGGACUGCUGUUUUUAUAUCAACCUCCAACAUUCAGUUUAAGGCCAGACAACCUGCACUCUUCUACAUGUGUCCCAUUUCAUUUAUUUCUCACGUGUCAUUUGUACACUUGUAGCACGCUUUGUGUUCUCACUGAUUACCUGUGUUGUUGGAGAGUGAUGUGAUCAUUCUCUCAGGGGUUAGUAGCAAUGUUUGGACAGGAAAUCAACCAGGUUCAAAAUCAUUAGUGUACAAAUUCUUGUAGUACUUCUCCAUUAAAGCAAACUAUUUUUGAUAUGAGACAGACCCACACAAAGACUCAUUAUAUUCAAGUCCUGAUGUCUAAGUCUGUGUUUAUCAUCACCAUGAUUUUAGUGGCAGAGAUGCAGAAUAAAUGUCAGUUUAUUCUCUAAAUCUGGAUUUAAAUGAACAAGUCUGAUUGGUUGGGAAUGUUUAUAUUUUCCUUCUAAACAUGUCCAAUUCCACAUCGUCCCUGCUAAUUCCAGUUUGUCCAAUCACACCUCUUCAUGUGAAACCUGCAGUCAAGGCCUUGCUAUUAGAUGUUUGUGUCAGCAUAUAAAUAAAAAGACUUUUUGUAGGGUCAUCUGUAGUGUGAUGCACAGGUAACAAAAAAAGUCUUUUCUAUCUGAAAAGAUCAAAAUUACAAAGAGUGAAAUUCAAUAGCACAGGUUGGCUCAGUGCGCGUCCUCAAAACAUGUGAUCUGGUUUAAAAAGAGUUGGAUAAUAAAACGUGUCAUGAUUUAUGGAGACAAAUAGUCCCAGUUCUCACUUUGUACCUCAGCUUUUCUCCUUAUUUUGAGCUGUGAACAGAGAGGAAGAUGAGCAGAGGUGUUUCAUAUUCUAGAGUGACGUUUGUUCAAUUUUAAAUAAUGUUCACGAGAACUUUUAUAUUUACUCUUAGUUCCAUUGACAACAUGACACAGUGUGACAAGAGUGUAUCAAUACCAUACAGUUUUGUUUAGUUACACUCUUGCAUGUCCCAGAAUGUCUAACAGAGCAUUUCAUCGUCGUAUAUGACUGACUGCAAACGUAGACCUUCAUGUGUAUAUCGUCCCUGUUUGCGCCUCCUGUAGGCCUGUGAUGUGACUCAGAGGCAGGACAGGCGAGAGAAGUGACAAGGUAGAACAGAGUGGAGUAACAGGAAGUGCUCAUAGAGAGCGGUUCGUCACAAUAUGAAUAUGUGAAAGGUUGGUUUUUAUCAAGUUAACUAUACAAAAGUACAGAAUUUUACUAAUGCAUGGACUGAUGAAAUAAUUGAAGCUAUACAAAAUUCAGCCCCAACAUUAAAUCUACUUACAGCUUAAAAAUGUUGAGCAUUACUAAAUAAAUGUCUCAGAACCAGAGACCAAGUGACAUCACCAGAGGUCCUCGGCUACAGCUGUUUUCAGCUCAGGUGGAGCUACACAGCACUGGGCACAUGGCUUUAAUGUUGUGGCUGACAAAAACUUGAUUAAGGAUCGUUUCCAAGCACCUGAGUACAAGAAGGACUUGUGCAUACAGCAUUAUAAAAGUGUUUAGUGCUGUAUGCUCACAUUACAAAGUACCUGAGGCUGUUAAAGUAACAUGAGCAUGAUCUGAAUUCAACAGGAAGUGCUAACAGCGCUCCGGUGCUGUAGCUCCUUUUGUGUUUUAGGAACUGAUUUUUCUUUUUGUCUCUCCUGUCAGCCUGUGAUGCUCAAACUGUUAUCCAAACCAACCAAAUGACUUUAUACUGUCGGGAUGUAGCCUAUAGUAUAAAGCGCCUUUAGGGAACAGUUGUUGUUAAUUGGAACUAUAUAAAUAAAUCUGAGCUGAAUGACUGAGUUA